AGGAAUCCUGGACUCUGGAAGCAUCCAGUUUUUUUGAAGAGGAGGCAGUGGGGGGAAGGGAUUAAAUCAAAUCUUUUUUGAGGAGGACUUAGCUCUGAGCUUUCAUGGCCAGAACUCUCAUGAAGAUUAGCUCCAUGCAUGUGACCCAACUCUCUGGGAAGCUUCAAUUGGAAGAGACUCUAAACUUGAACUUGUGCUUAUAGCUUCAGCUCAAGGAGAUCUACAAGUGGCCUGGGGUUCAGUGCUCUAGAAAGUUCCAAGGCUUGUGGCUUGAAAUAUUUUGAAGAAGCCGAAACAAUUGAAGAGAAGCAGAGGCCUUCUAUUUUUGAGGAUUCUGCUCUACAGAGAAUGCUCUGCACCCAUUGAGGCUCCAGUUCCAACACCAUCUUCCGAAAUGAUCCUGAUUCCCAGAAUGCCCCUGGUGCUGCUUCUGCUGCUGCCUAUCUUGAGUUCUGCAAAAGCUCAGGUUAACCCAGCUAUAUGCCGCUAUCCUCUGGGCAUGUCAGGAGGACACAUUCCAGAUGAGGACAUCACAGCUUCCAGUCAGUGGUCAGAGUCCACAGCUGCCAAAUACGGAAGGCUGGACUCAGAAGAAGGAGAUGGAGCCUGGUGUCCUGAGAUUCCAGUAGAACCUGAUGACCUGAAGGAAUUUCUGCAGAUUGAUUUACACACCCUACACUUUAUCACUCUUGUGGGGACCCAGGGGCGCCAUGCAGGAGGUCAUGGCAUUGAGUUUGCGCCUAUGUACAAGAUUAAUUACAGUCGGGAUGGGACUCGGUGGAUCUCUUGGCGGAACCGGCAUGGGAAACAGGUGCUGGAUGGAAAUAGUAACCCCUAUGACAUUUUCCUAAAGGACCUGGAGCCACCCAUUGUGGCCAGAUUUGUUCGCUUCAUUCCAGUCACUGACCACUCCAUGAAUGUGUGCAUGAGGGUGGAGCUUUAUGGCUGUGUCUGGCUAGAUGGUUUGGUGUCUUACAAUGCUCCAGCUGGGCAGCAGUUUGUACUCCCUGGAGGCUCCAUCAUUUAUCUGAACGAUUCUGUCUAUGAUGGAGCUGUUGGGUACAGCAUGACUGAAGGGCUGGGCCAAUUGACAGAUGGGGUGUCUGGCCUGGAUGAUUUCACCCAGACCCAUGAAUACCAUGUGUGGCCGGGCUACGACUACGUGGGCUGGCGGAAUGAAAGUGCCACUAAUGGCUAUAUCGAGAUCAUGUUUGAAUUUGACCGCAUCAGGAAUUUCACCACCAUGAAGGUCCACUGUAACAACAUGUUUGCAAAAGGUGUGAAGAUCUUUAAGGAGGUACAGUGCUACUUCCGGUCUGAAGCCAAUGAAUGGGAACCUAAUGCUGUCUCCUUCCCCCUUGUCCUGGAUGAUGUCAACCCCAGUGCUCGGUUUGUCACAGUGCCUCUCCACCACCGAAUGGCCAGUGCCAUCAAAUGCCAAUACCAUUUUGCUGACACCUGGAUGAUGUUCAGUGAGAUCACAUUCCAAUCAGAUGCUGCAAUGUACAACAACUCUGGAGCCCUGCCCACCUCUCCUAUGGCACCCACAACCUAUGAUCCAAUGCUUAAAGUGGAUGACAGCAACACACGAAUCCUGAUUGGCUGCUUGGUAGCUAUCAUCUUUAUCCUCCUGGCCAUAAUUGUCAUCAUCCUGUGGAGACAGUUCUGGCAGAAAAUGCUAGAGAAGGCUUCCCGGAGGAUGUUGGAUGAUGAAAUGACAGUCAGCCUUUCCCUGCCAAGCGAGUCCAGCAUGUUCAACAAUAACCGCUCAUCAUCACCAAGUGAACAGGAGUCCAACUCGACUUAUGAUCGCAUCUUUCCCCUUCGCCCUGACUAUCAGGAGCCAUCCAGGCUGAUACGAAAGCUCCCAGAAUUUGCUCCAGGCGAGGAAGAGUCAGGCUGCAGUGGUGUGGUGAAGCCAGUCCAACCCAGUGGACCUGAUGGGGUACCCCAUUAUGCAGAGGCUGACAUAGUGAAUCUACAGGGGGUGACAGGAGGUAACACCUACUCAGUGCCUGCUGUCACCAUGGACCUGCUCUCAGGAAAAGAUGUGGCUGUGGAAGAGUUCCCCAGAAAACUCUUGAGUUUCAAGGAGAAGCUGGGAGAAGGCCAGUUUGGGGAGGUUCACCUCUGUGAAGUGGAGGGAAUGGAAAAAUUCAAAGACAAAGACUUUGCCCUGGAUGUCAGUGCCAACCAGCCUGUCCUGGUGGCUGUGAAAAUGCUCCGAGCAGAUGCCAACAAGAAUGCCAGGAAUGAUUUUCUUAAAGAGAUAAAAAUCAUGUCUCGGCUCAAGGACCCAAACAUCAUUCAUCUCUUAGCGGUGUGUAUCACUGAUGACCCCCUCUGCAUGAUCACGGAGUACAUGGAGAAUGGGGAUCUCAAUCAGUUUCUUUCCCGUCAUGAGCCCCCCAGUUCUUGCUCCAGCAAUGUGCCCACUGUCAGUUAUGCUAACCUGAAGUUUAUGGCUACCCAGAUUGCCUCUGGCAUGAAGUACCUUUCUUCUCUUAAUUUUGUCCACCGAGAUCUGGCCACACGAAACUGCUUAGUGGGUAAGAACUACACCAUCAAGAUAGCUGACUUCGGAAUGAGCAGAAACCUGUAUAGUGGUGACUACUACCGGAUCCAGGGCCGAGCAGUGCUCCCCAUCCGCUGGAUGUCGUGGGAGAGCAUCCUACUGGGAAAAUUCACUACAGCAAGUGAUGUGUGGGCCUUUGGGGUGACACUGUGGGAGACUUUCACUUUUUGCCAGGAGCAGCCAUAUUCCCAGCUAUCAGAUGAACAGGUUAUUGAGAAUACUGGAGAGUUCUUCCGAGACCAAGGGAGGCAGACUUACCUCCCACAACCAGCCAUUUGCCCUGACUCUGUGUAUAAGCUGAUGCUUAGCUGCUGGAGAAGAGAAACCAAGCACCGACCCUCAUUCCAAGAAAUCCACCUUUUGCUCCUUCAACAAGGGGAUGAGUGAUGCUGUCAAUGCUGCAAUUUUCUGACCACACAGGUCCUCCCCACAAGACCUACCACUCCCCAUGCCAAAGCCACUCCAUCUGGACAUUUAAUGGACCUGAGAGACAGAGGCUUGUUCACUUCACUCUCUUUCUGUCCCUUGCCUCCCCCACCUCAUUCCCUCACUCCCUACCACUGACUCAUAUAUACUUUUUUAUAUGAAAGAACUAAAAAUUUUUAAAGUCUAGGGCAGAUGAUGUUUAGUAAAGGAAAUCUUACUUGAUAUACCAAAGUGUUAGUUAACAAAGGCUAGAAAAUUCACAUAAUUUAUAAAAGUUAUGCUUAUGUUUAUAAAUGUGUAGUUUCUACAAUAUUUUUUUCAGUGUCACCUUUUAUGAAAUAUCUUUAGAAGGAUAAACUUGAAGAAUACCAAUGUCUUGGGAAACCUGAGAUUAGGCUUAGGGUACCAUGGUGAAUCUGAGAACUCAGCAUGCAGCAACUAAUCACAGAUGGUUUUCUGAUUUGGCCUCUGGACAUGCCCCACUCUCCAAUUUCCUUCUCCUUUCAAAGUGGGUGAUACAUUUUUGAAAAACCUAGUUUUUUGGAGUGCGUAUUUUCUUCUUUUAUGGGCAAGGAUCAAGGCUGAAGACCACGUAUGAAACAAUGGACGAAAGAAUGCUUGCUGGAAGGAGAAUUUUUCUUUUAAAGUACUUCCCUGCAUGGAAAUAUUCUUGUAUAGCUAGUGGUCAUAGGGAAGUUGGUCUAUGGAGGACAGGUAACAGGGAAGAGGGUCCUCUUCUUUGUCUUGUUCAGAUGUUUUCAUGACAGCCUGAUAUUUUAAAUCAGUAAAUCCUGGUGUUUUGAUCUCUUGAUGGUAGGAUCUUUAGUUCAUCUUGCCCAAAUCUAUUUCUUUUAAUGGAUGAAGUCUCUGUCCAACUUGUAGUCUCGGGGAUGAAUUUCUUGGACUUAAAUACCUAAAGGCCAUGGAUAGCAGAGAGUAGAUUUAUUCUGAGUGUGCUCAAAAAGCUGACCUAGGAAGUUACAGAGAGACUGAAUUUUAGUCCUUAUUAGAUUAAACAUAGCCAGAGUACUAACAUACAAAGAGGGCUGUCCCAGAGAGGGAAGAGGGGAUCCUUUGUCACUGAAAAGCUUCAGGCAUAAACUAAGAAUUAUGCAAAAAAGAUAGAGGUUUUCAAAUAUCAGGCAGGUGACCUUAUGAGACAUUUAACAUCAUUUUUACCCCAAGAGUUUUUGAUUACAGAGGCACAGGCUGACUAUUCACUGCUACUGCUUAUUGUACAUGCUAUUGCCAAUGAGGUGAUAUGACCAGCAGAAAAGUAUGAGGCUCUGGUCUCAGAAUUCAUGGAAACUGAUAGGAUUCUCUUUAGAGCAGAUUCUGAGUUUUCAUACUCCACAAAUCUGUGGGAAACUGGAAAAGGGAAAUCUUAAUCCCUAUUGAGAAAAAAAUAAGAAAAGAUUACAGAAUAAGAUUCCCAAAUUGAGAAGAAAUGGUCUUGACCCCUCAGGGCUGCUUCUGUUGCCUCCCCAGUCCAUCUUCUCCAGUUUCUUAGGAAUUUGAGUGCAUCCCUAUUCAGCUUUCAGCACACCUCCAGAUUAUAGCACAAGCAUAAAUCUAAGCCCUCAAGAUUAAUUUUAGGUCAUUUUCUGACCCUAGCAAAUGGCUUUAUCUAUGGUUUUCCUAUGUUUUGGGGAUUUAUUCUCUCUUAACACUAACUUUGGAGAGAUCACUGAUUUAAGAGGUAGGAGAACAUUGGUUUGGAAACUUUGACCCUUUUUCUGCCUUAAACCAAGUGUGUCCUCUUGUGCAAAUCACUUUGUAUGAAUUUUGUUUCUUUAUCUGUAAAAUAAGAAAAUUAAAUUAGAUAGUCUCUCCUGGUGCUGAUAUGGUUAGUAGUUUCUGAAUAAGUGGAUCUAUAACUAACAUGGAUUCAGUAAAUGUCCUGGUUCAAAUAUUGUGGUCCCUAAAAGAGACUAUGGGACAAGUCACUGUAAUAGUAGUUAUAGUGACACUGCAUUUCUAUACAGCUUUAAGCUUACCAGGUGUUUCCACACACUCUAAUUUGAUAUGUGCAAGGCCAGACAUGUUUUCUUAUGAGAAUUGCCACACUCUGAUUUCAUGAUAAGUGUUAGCACCCUUUAGCAUUAAAAGGAUUUGAAAUCCAGAUCUGCCACUUGUUUUCUUCUAGAUUCCUUAUGUAGCAAGAGAAAAUACCAUUUCCCCUUCUAUUGCCUCACAUUUUUCUGCUUAUUAUUUCUUAGGAUUCUACCCUAAUUCACUGAUCCCAUAUUUAAAAAUCAUGUAUAGAAUGAAAGUUGAAUGUCUGGAUUUCCUUGACUUUGAAUCAUAGAAGUAAUCUGUUUCAGCUGGCUGCCAAAUAUGUAUUAUCAUGUACAGGUAUCUUUUUUCUGGAUGAAGAGGGGGGAUCCAUCUUCUGGCACUGAAACCAUGGUGCUAUAGACAUGGGUUUAACUUUUAAUCUAGGCACAUCUGUAGAGUUUAGCAGCACAAAUCUGAGUGGCUGAACAGAGUAGAUGGUAAAGGCUUAGUAUGUAGAGUUAAAAGGUAGCACAAAUCUUUAUUAGUGCAGUGAACUAGGAUUUAUUUGGAAAAGGAGAUAUGAAAAGUGAUGAGAAUUUAUUGACCUUUUUAUCUUUGUAGUAAGUGAUCUUCUUUAUGAUGCAUGGGAACUAUUUUAUGUCAAGAUUGUAUUUUAAGAAUAUCAGAUCCAAAUUUCUACCUUUGUUGGUUAAUUUUUUGAUAGAUAGCUCCAAUCUUUUUUUUUUUUUUUGUGAUGCUGGGGAUUAAACUCAGAGCCUCACACAUGUGAGAAAAGAGCUCUACUAUUGAGCUACAGUGUCAGCCCCUGGAAAAUCUUGACCUACUGUCCAGACACAUAUGUAAUUAGGACACACAUGUGAUCUAGAGUGGAAACAAGUGCCUUGGGGGAGCAUGCAUUUUUAAAGCUGUGAAACACGUGACUGUUCAAGACUGUAUAACAAAGAUGGUUGUAUGUAAGUGAAGUUUAAAAAAAAGUGGAUACAUGGAUGUGCAUAUGACAGGAAGGGGGAAUGGGAAGGGCUAGAAAGAAGACUUCAUAAAGAGAGGCAAUGAGAGUGCACAGGAAGGAGACACAGGGAGGGGCAGGUCAAAUAAGGUGGAAAUGUGGCUAGGUGGACGUGAUGGAAUCCUCUUUGAAGCAUGAAAGCAAAUCUCUGAAAAGAGAUCUGAGAGGAUAGAAAACAUAAGUGAUUUGAAGAUAAAAGAAAAGUAUGGAUGGUGAAAAAGAAAUUCUGGGUGGUAGUGAUUAUAAAAAUAUUCAUUAAAAAUGAAGUCAGGUGCACUGUAGGAAAUAAGAGGGUUUUUUUUUUCUAGAGUUUUAAGAAAGGGAUGUCCUCCAUGGAUAUAAAAAUGCAUAAACAUCAGGGAAAGGCCUUUUUAUUUCAGAAGAAGAGGGUGAGGGAGGAAGUUUGAGGCCCUUUGUGUUCUAUACUACUUCAAGUGUUGGUAAUAAGAAGCCAGUGUUUUGCCUGGACUGGACGUGGACAUGAAGACCUAAAGAUGAGAGUUUAUGGUAGUUUAUGAGCCAUUGUGUUCCCUUCCCUUGCCUUUGUUAAUGAAAUCCAUUUUCAGUAUUGCCAUCAUUGCUGAACGCAGAAUAGCUACAGGCAAACAUAGAAACAGUAGACAUAAGAUAGACAAGACAAGAUCUUGUCUGAUAUCUGCACACAGAGAUGUGCCAUGUUGGAAACAUGUGUUUUUCUAGUCCCAUCCAGGCAUCCCACAAAAAAGUCAUGAUGUGGGGCUAGCCAUGUGUUUUGAGUAAAGGAGAACAGAAGGAGGGGAGUGUCUGAAUGAGGGAAAGGAAGGAAUAUGUUCCAAUGAAAUAUACUAAAACAGAACAACAUCUGCUUUGCCCAAAACUACAAAAAUGAAGAGAAUUACAAUAUAUGGCGAUUAAGACUUUGAUCCUGAGUUGAAUUCAUAGACCUGGAAUUUGCCAUCUUAAUCUUUCCUUUUCCAUGAGACUUCUAUGUCCUCUAGCAGUGCAUGUGGUAGGUCUCUGAUGUUUCUGGAAGUUGCAGAUUCUGAUCUGGGGAAUCCUUUUGAACUAAAAUUUUAUAUUCUUAUAGAAACAGAUGAAUGUCUUUGCCAUUUGGUAAAUUAUUUGGAGUGCUGAAUUAAAAGGGAAAGAGACUGGGUAGUUAAUGAUUUGAUUUGUGGCAUUUUGAGUUUUCUGCUCCAAUUAGCUAUAUAACUUGGUGGCAGAAAACUGGUAAUUGUUUAGUUGCUAUAUCCUUUUUGAAAACUUGUUAUUUUGAAAUAAAUUUAAACUCAUAAGAAGUUUAAAAAAUAGAACAGAGUGGCCUUACACUAGAUCUAGUUUUCCCCCUCUGUAACAUUUUACAUAGUCAAUUUUCAACCAUGGAAAUCAUAGUCCAUUUUGAACCAUUUUCAAAACCAGAAAACCGAUGUUGGUCUAAUAAAUUUCAGACUAUAUUUGGAUUUCACCAACUUUUCCACAUGUACUCAUUUAAUUGUGGAUAUUUUUAACUCUUGCUGAUUUGUAACCUGGCCUUGCUUAGAUGCAACAAGAAAGACACUAUCUGGAUAUGAUUCCACAAAUUUUGAGAGAAAACAAUUUAACUUGUUCAGUUAUCAAUAAGAAAUAUCCUGCCUGUGCUUCUAAUUUGUAUGAUUAGUUUGUAUGUUUAGCACCUGAAACAAUCCAAGAGCAACUUAGAAGGAUUAGACAAUGUAAAAGAAAAUGAAAUCUGUCCAUAGAUUUGUUGUGUAGAGAACCAUGUACAGAAGAAAAUUCUAGAUGGUUCCUGCAGCUGAACAGAAUUUUCAUCAGUGACAAGGAGAGAGUUUUAGAGUAAACCAGUAUUUUGGUCAAGAAUUAGGUAGUAGCUAUUUAAUGGCACCAGGGAUAGCUUAUUAAAGGAAUGUAAUACAAUGGUAUAAACCCUUAAUGUGUGAUAAAACACUAUAUUUAGAGUAGCAGAAAAGUUUUAUUUGAUUAAAUAUUUAUUCUUCUAUUCUUAAUUAGAGUAACAGCCACAUUGCACCAAAGUAAAUGCAAAUAUAGCAGCAACCUGAGGAGAAGUUGAAACUCUGGUUUUGUCUUUGAUUAUGUCUUUGAAUUUCAUUGAUCACCAUUUUUAAACUGCCCUAUUUAAAGGGCACAAGAUAAUAGCAGUGUGUGUCUUGUGAAGUUUCUAGCACAUAAGUGAACACCUGAUAAAUACUUUCUGAAGUUUUUGGUGAAUAAAAUGUGGAAACAACACUUGUCAUCUAUCAUAAAUAGGGUGGAUUUGGGGAGCUGUGCUUUGCUGUUAACAGAGGGUUUAUUUUCUAAUAUGAAAAGGAAAAAGUACCCAUACAUAUACCAAGUACAGUAAUCCUCCAUUUAUAUACUUUGUAAAGGUGAAAUUGAUCUGUGGAAAUUCUUCAUUGUUUGGGGUAUUAGACAGCAAUGCAAUGUAGUUCUUAAUGGGGAAGUAGAUCAAAAGCAAAGACCAGAGUUUGACUCUAAAUCCAGCCCAUUUGAAAGAAGCUAUUUACAUUCUCCUGUAGACAUCUUGUUAACAACUUUAUAGGACUCUUCUGGAAAAGGGGCCUGAGUCCCAAGCUAGUGUGUGCUCAUCCACAAUCACAACUGCAUGCCAAGGAAGAAUUUGCAAAAAGAUGUAAGGAAAAGCACAAUGGUUUAAGGUGAUUACUUUCAGUGCAACUGUUUUCUAAAGUAGAGGCUUGAAAAUAAUUAAAAGUUGGAAGCAUUCUUGCAAACACAUCGUGAGUUUGUAAUGUAGCCUAUCCUCUUUUGAUAGUUCUUUAUUAUUCACGAUAUCCUAUUUUUCUCCAUGAUGUCUAGUAACUUUUUCUGAGGAUGUAGUUUUUGCAGCAAACUCUUCUAUGCUGAGGAAACAUCUGGAAUUUAUUCUGCAGGCUGUGGAGGAUAAUGUAUCUUGUCAAGGGUAAAUGACAAGUGGAUUUAAUUUCUGCUUAAAACUAUCAUAGUCAUUCCAAAAUAGAAUACAUAAAAAUUAUCUGUAUUAGAAAAAGAAUUGUGAUACCAAUUGUAUAUUUUCUUUUCUUUAUUUAUUCUCUGUAAGUCUGUUGGAUGAUAAAUUGUAAAUAACAAUGAUUAAAGAAUCAUGCUACU